UAGAUGCCUAGUUUCGAUUAGCGUGGGCUUAACUUUUUCUUUUGCGUAGGCUUUUUUAAAUAUAACAAGAAGAAAGGAAGAUUGGGAAAACAGAUAUAUCGUUCGUUAACAAAAAAGAAAGGGACGUUCGAAACGGGUCGCUUUAUUAGCGCCACCUCAGCAUCGUGUGUUACUAGUGAACAGAAUUGUCACUGCUGCAAGCCCCCAGCCCAGUGCAGUAGUGGCCCAACUAUGAGCUGCGGAAGGAAGACACACAAAAGACCGCUGUCAAUGAAUUUAUUCAAGCCAACUCGUUAGCCAGAGAUUUGUUUGUUUUUUGUUUGUUUUUUUAUAACGACACACACACACACUUUUUGGGUUUCUGUGACACUCUUCUGGAUGCGUUCGUAGGAAAUCAUCAAAAUGGCUCUCGGUGAUAAAAAGGAUACCCUCACUCAUGAUAUUCACGAGAGUGUCAGAAAUGUACUUGGUAAACAUGUCAAAAUCACUGAGAGGAGAGCUGUACGCAUGGAAACCAAAGGGGAUAAAAUGGAAAACAGGAUUCUCGUUUUUACUCCAUGUCGACUAUUUGUAUUUACUCCUAAAAUUCCAACUAAAAUUGACUUUAAUCUCCACUACCUUGACUUGCAAUCCAUCGAGAGCAAGAAAUUAUCACAGCUCACCUUGUCUACUGUGGACAAGGUUUAUUCCUUCCAUACCCAAGAGGAGUUGAACCAAACUUCCGAUUCUCUGAUCACUGCCAUAGUCACAGCAAUUAGUGACUUAUUUCCAGGGAUUCCCAUUGAUCAAGUGGUACGACGUAUUGAAGUCAGCCCAGUCGGUAGGAUGGAAAACCUUUCCAAUCUCCUUCGCGGUUCCAGUAACGAUAGCGAAUUAAGCAUUCCAUGUGGAAACUUCUCUCGUCAAUAUGCUUGCAUGUGUGAUUAUUAUGGAUUGCCGUAUCGGGAAGAGGUUGCUUGGGAUGUGGACACGAUAUACAUGUCCCACAACUCGAAGGAGCUGAACCUUCGAGAUUUUGACCAUUUAGAUCCCAAGGAUUUAAUUCCUAUUAUCGCCGCUUUGGAGCUCAACUCCUUCUUCCUACAGUUCCGUUGCAGUCACUUGAAGCUGUCACACGAGUGCUCGGAACGUCUCUUAGCCGUCCUCAAGAAGUCAACCACUCUCGAAGAGAUUUAUGUUGACAAUGCUGGUUUCAAAGGGGAUUUCGCCAAUAAGCUAAGCAUGGCCAUCAUAUCGAAUUCAAACAGCUCACUGCACGGAAUCGACUUGUCGCACAAUCUCAUCGAAGAUCGUGGCGCCACGCAUCUCAGCUCGUCACUGUCCAAAGCCCAUCGUGGUCUAGUGAAACUCUCGCUUUCUCACUGCGGGCUAACGGGAAAAGGCGUGGCUCAAAUAGGGCAUGCUCUUGUCCUCAACAAGUGCAUGGCCUCGUCCUUGCAACAUCUCGAUCUGAGCAGUAACGUCGCCAAAGAUGAUAUCAAUACGAUCUGCAGCUUUCUCGCCCAACCGAAUGUGCUGACAUUUUUGAAUUUAUCAAACACCGAUAUCGCACUUGAACCGAUAUUUGGUGCUCUAUUGCGUGGAGGAACGACUCAUCUGCGUCACCUCGAUUUGUCGAAAAAUUACUUUUCCACCAAAAAAGGCAAAGAGCUGCCACCCUCCUUUAAGCAGUAUUUCACUUCCGCUCUGGCGUUGCGUACUAUUAUCGUAUCCCACUGUAAGAUUACACCAGAGGCACUAAAGAAUCUUCUCCUUGGUCUGGCGUGCAAUGAAUCUAUCGACAAUGUCACAUUAGAUCUGAGCAACAAUAUAUUGGGCAAUGGGGGAUGUCACGUCCUUGAGUCAUGCAUUCACGGCGUCCGUUGCGUCUCGACUUUGGACAUUAGCGACAACGGGAUCGAUGUGGAAAUGGCUGGUGUCCUACUCUCGAUAAGCCGGAAUAAGUCCAUGAAAAAGCUUAUCCUCAACAAGAACUUUCAGAACAUGAAAUCGAAACAUGCCACGACCGUCAUUGAUGCUUUCGUUCAUCUCUUGCAGGAAGAGGACUGUGUCAUCGAGGCAUUAUGUUUGGUCGAUUGCAAAUUAAAGAGCGAGCUGUACAGUUUGAUCAACGCGGUCGGUAGCAAUCAGUCGCUGCAGCAUCUGGACCUAAACGGUAAUUACAUGGGUGACCCGGGCGCUCGUCUCCUUUCCAAAGCCUUACAGAUCAAUACGUCCCUAAGAGCGCUAUCGAUUGACCGGAAUAGCAUUACCGUCCACGGUUACAGUGAUAUCGCCUACGCACUGGAAAGUAACCGAACACUGAGGUGCCUAUCGUACCCGCUGCACGACAUCAUGGUAGCCGCUAAAACCGGCACCGACAAAGUCGACAUUCUUUGGAAGCAAAUACAAGAAGCACUACAGCGCAACAUGUCGCUGGUUGGUCCCUCGACCAACGGGCCUUCGACUUCUGUACGUUCAAUGCAAAAGAGCGAAACGUCGCAUAAUAAUUCUCAGAAUCAGCUGGUGGAUCGGCUUAUCAUGCAAGUGAACGAGGCCAUUCGUAGCCUCCAGAGACAGGGUAGCGAGGGCAGGAGCAGCGAUAUCGAAAAUGCUCGGAACCUUCUAUCUGACGCCCACUCGGCCAAGGAGCUUCUCGGAAAAUUAGUGUCCAGCGUUGAAGUGGCUCAGGAUAACAUAUCGUUGAGUUCGUCGAUGAAACCCAUGGUCGACGAAAUUCAGGCUCUGCUCACAUCUCAUCUGCAAAGCAUUGGGGACAAUUUGUGGCAUUGCGCCCUGCAGCACUGCAACACCGUUAUGAGCGACUCGGUCGCCACUGAACAGCUACGCAAAUCGAUCGAGAACCAAUCGCUUUUCCCCGUCAGUGUUAUCCAGAAGGCUGUGAUGGACAAUGCCAUUCUGCAGUUGACUGAACAGUUCAAUAAGAUGUCAGCCGCACUCUGUCGGACGGUCUCUGACGGCGUUAUGGAUGAAGUGGUUCAGUCCUUGACUAACAUUUACAAAACCUUGGCUGGAGAUUCCAACUUACCCCUAGACUGUAAGAAACGCUCGUCCACGCCAGAUGUACUCAAAUCGCGAACACGAAUCAACACCGAAAUGAACGCCCAGGACGGCGGAGAUGAAUCUGAAGAUACCAUCAACAAUCAACAAUCGGAUCAUUCCCCAGUGGCCACUCCAGUGGCCAGCAAACGAAGAAAUUUGCUGAGUCGAAAAUUGCGUCCGAAAUCGACGGUCGGCAUGGGACAAGGCGCCUCUGCUGACGACAUUCCCGACCUGGUUCCACCGUUGAACGAGCAGCUGGGCAGCGGUCAUGAUGAUCCUGACGCCAACGAAGAAGAACCUGGAGUCAACGUAGACGAGUCUCAAGCCGAUGUGUCUAGAAAAUCGGCUCCCUUGAAACAUUUGGGCCUGAGUCGGCCAAAGAAACCCAAGACACGUUUGCCCACCCGAAGUGCCGCACUGCGCGUCGGCGGCAACUCUGAAACGGCGUCGCAAGAAAGUCUCGACGUCGACGGGGAUCUUAGCCAAGGGCUUGACACAUUCUUUCACUCGACUACAAUGGCAACCACGACAGGUGGGAGCAGCGUAAGUUUAGGCAGUAGCCGGAUGCGAGGUAGUCUGGGCAGUGUCAGCAGCGCUGAGCUGGGUUCGCCCUCAUUAGAAAGCGUGUCGGCAGAGAGCAGCCCAAUGCAUCGUUCGGUGGCAGGUGACAAACCGAGUGACGAAACUGCUGGGAGCAGUAGCAGGGAGGAGCUCACUCUGGACGAGGACGCCGUCAAAUUAAAGGAGAAGGAAAAACGCAAGAGCGAAGAUGAUUUGUCUUCAGUGACUAGGGAGAAACGGAAAGAUUCUGGUCGUGGGAUGGGAGUUAGAUUGCUGUCUUCCAUAUUUGGGAAAAAUCCGAGUCCGUCACCGACGGGCGAUGGUUCGCCACCGCCAGCGCCGACCAAAUCUCCUGUGGCCAAAACCAAACUCUCAUCCAUGACCAAGGAGCCAGAAUCUGAACCGAAACUAGUUGAAGAUGAAGCUGAACCUGCCGCACCCAAACGCUCCGCUGUUCCAUCCAAGUUGGGCAUUGGUGUCGGAGGCAACGUCUUGGCUGAAAUGAAAGCCAGGCAAGAGCGUCGAAUUUCCGGCAUACUGCACAAGCAGAACUCUGAGGAAUCGGAUUUUUCAGAACGGUCUGAAAAACCCGAGCCCAGUAAAGCCAACAGCCUGUCGCCGAAUCCGCUCGGAGGAAUCAGACUGCGUCCGACACCGCAUACGCCAGAAGAUCAGGAACCGCCGAAAUUGCCGGAAAGAAAUAAUGCUCGCUUUGUUCGGCCAACGGGACUGGAGGAAGUGGAGUCAGAGCGUAACAAAUCAACCAACCCGUUAACCGGCUUCCGGCUCCGUCACAGAGGCGGAGCGGAAGAAGCCGAGACGGCCAAGCUGGAAGACAAAUCGAAUGCGCUAAAUCAGAUUCGACUGAGAGCUACCAGCACGGUUGUCGACGAUUCACCUUCACCCGAUCCUACCAGUGACGCAAAGGCCAAUCCUCUGAGUGGCGUCCGGUUGCGCUCAACCGGAAUCAACGUGACAGAUCCGCUCAAGUCGCCCAAUAAUGGCGAUUCCAGUGCGGAAAUCAAGAGCGAAUCAAGGAACUCUUUGACGAAAUUAAAACCCCCGCCACUGGCACCCAAACCUCGACCUUGGUCUAUAGUCGGUUCCGACAAGAAAACAGAAGAUACUGAUAUUUCUGAUGCCGCAAAAGAAAAUGACGCUAAAGAAGCUGUCAAGCCGAGCAAAGUUCGGGCUAUGGCUGCGGCAGUCAACUUUAAUAAUUCAAAUUCCGAUGUUGUCCGCCGUAGCAACAAACAUUCUCAUGAGGAACCGGACGGACUUCCAGCUGAGUUCUCGGAGCCCAAGGAUGGUGCAGCAGUUGAUCAAGUAGAUGGGCCAGAUUCUCUGAGUUCCAUCGGGUUCCUCAACCAACAGGCUACGCUUCCACAGCAACAGCAGCAGCAGCCUUUGAUUUCCCAGCAAUCCCCAGCGUCUUUAAUUUUAAACAACUUUUCCCUUGAAGAUGCCGUCGACGUGUAAGGCAAUCAAUUUAACGUGACGGUGGACCAUGCAAUCAAUAGGUCGACUGCUUUGCCAAUUGAUUAAUGUCGGCCCCCGUUGCUGUGAUCUGUCUUCGUACAGUAUAUAUCCCGCAUUCAUAUUUUAAUCUAUAUAUCAGUCGUAUUUGUCGAGUUUUUUUUUUCAGUCGCGAGAUUUAUUCAUCAUUCUUAGAUUCUCUUAUCUUCCUUUAUAAGCCAAGUCGAUACAUCGAUUCAAAUUCCAACCUGCCGCCAUGAUAAAACAUUUCGUAUUACUUGACGAAAGUAUCGAUUAUAUUGAAAAUGAGUGCACAAUGAUUCGACAUACCAUUGUCCACCGUAAAUAAUUUUCCUCUCCAACAUGUUUAUUCUUUUUAUUUUCGUUUAUAUCUUGACUGUGUCAUAUCGUCUUGUCUUUUUUUCCCCGUUUCUGUGACCUUUUUCCCCAGGGAAUUUCUUUUUAAAACAAACUUGUUUAUUUUAACAUCGUGUAAUGAUUGCAUACACAUCAGAGUCAUUGUCUUA